CGGGGGCCGAGCCGGAGCCGCGGGCACAGCGCCCUCGCGGGGGGCACCGCCGCGGCCAUGGAGCGCCGCUGAUCGCCGCCGCCGCCGGAGACAAUGGCCCUGCACAAACUCUGCUCGGUGCUGGAAGUGUUGCUUGUAACAAUCCUGGUAGUGGAAGGCAUUGCCGUUGCACAGAAGACACAAGGUGGGCAAAAUAUUGGAGUGAAUCGCAUUCCUCCCACCCAGUGUGACAACUGGGUCCGGACCAGUAAUGGAGGACAUUUUGCUUCACCAAACUACCCAAACAUGUACCCACCCAAUCAAGAGUGUGUCUAUAUCUUAGAAGCUGCUCCACGACAAAGAAUCGAGUUGACCUUUGAUGAACCCUAUUACAUAGAACCCUCAUUUGAAUGUCGGUUUGAUCACCUGGAGGUUCGAGAUGGACCUUUUGGGUUCUCCCCUCUCAUUAAUCGUUACUGUGGUCUGAAAAGUCCUGCACUAAUUAGAUCAACAGGGAGAUUUAUGUGGAUCAAGUUUAUUUCUGAUGAAGAGCUGGAAGGAAAGGGAUUUCAAGCAAAGUACUCAUUUAUACCAGAUCCUGACUUCACUUACCUAGGAGGUAUUUUAAAUCCCAUCCCAGACUGCCAAUUUGAGCUUUCAGGAGCUGAUGGAAUAGUACGUUCCAGUCAAGUAGAACAAGAAGGAAAAACAAAACCAGGACAAGCAAUUGACUGUAUCUGGACAAUUAAAGCCACUCCAAAUGCUAAGAUCUAUAUGCGAUUUCUGGACUAUCAAAUGGAGCAUUCCAAUGAGUGCAAAAGGAACUUUGUUGCUGUGUAUGAUGGGAGCAGUUCCAUUGAAAACCUGAAGGCCAAGUUCUGCAGCACGGUGGCCAACGAUGUCACGCUGCAGACGGGGACAGGGGUGGUGAGGAUGUGGGCAGAUGAAGGCAGCAGACUGAGCAGGUUCAGAAUGCUCUUCACUUCCUUUGUGGAACCUCCCUGCACAGGCAACACUUUCUUCUGCCAUAGCAACAUGUGCAUCAAUAAUUCUUUAGUCUGCAAUGGCAUUCAGAACUGUGCAUACCCUUGGGAUGAGAAUCACUGCAGAGAAAAGAAAAAAACUGGAUUGUUUGAACAAAUCACCAAAACCCAUGGGACAAUCAUUGGCAUCACAACAGGGAUAGUUUUAGUUCUUCUCAUCAUUUCAAUUCUAGUGCAGGUAAAGCAACCUCGCAAAAAGGUUAUGGCUUGCAAGACUGCCUUCAAUAAAACUGGUUUCCAGGAAGUUUUUGAUCCUCCUCACUAUGAACUGUUCUCACUAAGGGACAAAGAAAUUUCUGCAGAUUUGGCAGAUUUAUCAGAGGAACUUGAAAACUAUCAGAAACUGCGCCGCCCUUCAACAGCUUCCAGAUGCAUUCACGACCACCACUGUGGCACCCAGGCCAGUAUCAAACAGAGCAGGACCAACCUGAGCUCCAUGGAACUGCCCUUCCGCAAUGACUUUGCGCAGCCCCAGCCCAUGAAAACUUUUAACAGCACAUUCAAGAAAAGCACUUACACUUUCAAGCAAGCUCACGACUGCCCUGAGCAAGUGAUAGAAGACAGGGUGAUGGAGGAGAUUCCAUGUGAAAUUUAUGUCAGAGGAAGGGAAGAUACAGCACAAGGUUCAUUAUCUAUUGACUUUUAACUUCCUGCUGAAGGUGGUAUCAGUGUACAUAGAAAAUGCUUAUGUACAAUGACAGUGUAUAUAUUAAAAGUGUACCAUACUCAGCGUGUGAGAUGCACACACUUUUAGCUUAUUAUACAUCAUUUCAAAAAACAAAACCAGUCUUCAUAAUUAAUUCUUACUGAAAAAGUGGUGGACUUCCUCCAAUCUUCCCAAGCUACCUAUCUAGUGGAGGAGUAAGACGGAGACUUUGCAUGGAAAUUAUAAGAUAGGAUGUUGGAAGAAGAAACCCUACAACUACUAAUCAUUGAACGCUGAAAGCAAUGACUACUAUUCUCUUCUUCAUACCAUUUUCUCUUCUUUAGGUGUCUGCUUUUCAAGACAAUUUUAAUACCUCACUUGCAUAAAUAAAAGUAGUAAAGUGCACCAUGUGUAUGUCAACAUAGGUGUCUUAUUGUAUUUGUCAAAUCGAAAGUAGAGUUAGUGUUAAGUGCCAGUUAAGACUCAUGAAUUAUGUUACAGCCAUCUGUUUCACUUGCCUUUAAUUAAUUAUCAUUACCACACUCUAUGCUUUGUGAGACAUAAGUGAAAAGGGUUACUGCCUUUUAACAAUAUCAAGUUAUAUUAAUUUUAGUACAUUUGGAAAUAUCUUUGCAGCUUUCAGUUAAAACACAAGUGAGUAGUCAUUUUAUUCUAGAUGCAGGCUUUUACAACAGUUUUCUUUCAAGAAUGUUUAGGAUUUUAAAAUAUUCUGCCAUAUAUUAUAGCUCCAUAUGGCACACUGAUUUCACAGCUCUGUACUUAGGAAACAAUUUUGUUCCUGAGUUUUCCAAGUAUUUACAUAAAUAGAUUGUACUGUACAUUUGUCUCUUAAAAUUGCUUUUUACUCCUUGUUGCAGCCAAUCUUCCCUACUGAAAUCAGUGAUGACACUUUCAGCUACUUUCAGAUGUCCUACUUGCCUGAAAAGACCUGCUCUGAGGUCUGUGUGAUUACUGGGUAUAUGAAGGUACUGGAAAAAAAAAAUCACAAAGCAACUCUAAUUAACCCCUGUGGAAUCUUUCUUGUGUCCCUUGUUUCCACUUGCAAAACUGCACAUUUCAUACCUUUUUUAAUGGUGGUUUGGACCUAAUUUAAAAAUUUUUACAAUAUAGAAGAAAAUUUUUUAAAUAUACUCUCAUUGUGGUUUUUAAGCUUUUUAUAUAGUUUGAUACUGUACAGCCUGUUUCUUAAAUCCAAAUCUAGCACCUGUACAGCAGGCUUCUUUCAGGGGCGCUCUCAGCAGCUGUGAAUAACCUGCAGUUGUUGCUACAUACAUCGCAAUUUGCCAAGAAUACUUGUCAUGACUUCCACAUUACCCUACACUUUCUUCUCUGGGUAGUUUGAGCUUAUGUGGAUAUUCUGUUUACAGGAAACCUUUGACUAAAGCUGAUCCCCCAGCUAGCAGUGGGGAUAGCCUUUAUUUACAGAUGGAUCUCAAACCAUAGUGUUUGUUGUGCUGACUGUACUACAAAAAAAAACUCCCAAAAACUUCUUAACAUGUGACCCUUGCAACUGAAAAAUCAUCUCUUUGAAAUAAAGAUGAAUAGCUGUAAUCACAGAUCUUUAUUAGAAUUAUAAAGAUUUUUUUUUAAUGCUUAAAAUGUACAACAUUUAAGGGGAAAAAAGAAAGGGGAAUUGAGUUUCUUCAACACUCCCCAACUUCAACUCUGUCUCCUGUUUAGAAAGAACUUAACCAGCUCUUAUCUUAGACCCACAGGGCUGUAUGUACCCUGGUGCCAGUUUUUGUGCAGGUCCCAGAAUGUAUUUCAAUUUGAAAGAAUGAAAAUGGGCUUUAUUUUUAAAUGCACCAUGCAGAAAAUAAAUGUUAAAAAAAUCUAGUUAAUUUUUUACUUGAAAAUUUUUGAGUAUUUAAUGAAAACAUUUGGCAGAUUUUGUUUAAUUCUCAUUGAUCUCAGAAUUAAAUAUCUCACCAUGACCUGUAGGACGCACAAUGCUAUUUGUGACGGUUUGUUAGUUUCAGGUCCUUUCAACAAGUCAUAGGUAGUUUAUGGGUGGUUCUAAUCCAGAUAACUCUUGUAAAUGCUAGGUUUGUAUGACUGAGUUUUCUUUUUUGGUAUAUUUAUCCAUGUGCUAAAAAUAAUAUGAUCCCUACUCUUUCCCAAGAUAUGUUGCCUUUAAACAGUAAAGAUGUACUAAUAAAACAAAGGAAGCCUGCAGAGCCCAAGUCUGUGGAGAAGAGGGAAACUGAAGAAGCUCCCAAAUGGCUUGAGUAAUAUUUCAGUCUCUGUUGUAGCCUUGUGAUUACAUGGUCAGAACACAGCUGCCUUUUGGCUACCCCAGAGCACACCAGAGCUCCCACAAGCAAUCCUGGCUUUUGAGCAUAACUGGUUCCAAUAUCACAUGGCAUGUUUGAAAACCAAUCUUUCUACACACCCCAUGGCAAGGUGGAGUUCAGUUACUGAGCUGUGCUUUAAAAAAUUAGUCUGAACUAUUAGAGCCAUAUUUCCAUUAUUUCAGUAUAAUCAACUUCACUGCAGAGAAAACUAACUGGGUAGACUGCUGGGUAUCAUAGUACAGAAAGCUGACACUUCUAGCAAAAGAAUCUAGUAUUGGUUUGGCAGUCUCAAUCUGAUUGAAGCUGAUGUUGUGGACUUCAAACAUUUUUGGGGCAUUAGUGAAAAAUGUCACAUUUCAUACUAGUGCAGUAUCUUAAGUACCAUUAGCCUAUUUCCAUUGUGACCAUAUUAAGACGCUCCCAGGCAAAGAUACGGGAAUAGGAAUAACAGUUCUUUAUUAUGAAAAUUAAAAUUAAAAUGCAGUAAUACAAAAAACCACUAACAGAGUCAGAAUACAACCUGACAGCCAGUCAGUCAGGGUGUUGGUAGCAGUCCAAUUAAAUGGUGGCUGCAGUCCUCUUGGAGUGACAGUUGUGGUUCUAUUAAAGCAGGGGUCCUGUAGAAGAGUGUAGUUUUCCUCUGAAGGUCCAGUGAUGAUGAAUAUGAGCCUGGUCUUCCUCUGGAAUCCAGUGGAAAAAGGCUGCUUUGAUGUUCCAAAUACCAGUUUUUAUCUAGGUAGGAAUGGCUGGCUCCUCCCCCUGGGUGGAGCAUCUCAUAAUGGGAUGAUGUAAUUUUAUCAGUUAUGCAGUGGUACUCAAUGUGCCAUUAACAGAAGAUAUCUCCUGGAGGGAGGAUGGGUGUGAAAGAAAUAAAGAAAACUGCCCCACCUGGUUUUAACAGAUGGUGCUAGAAUACAUACUUCUGGUUACAUCUUGCAUUGCAACCUAAGACAACUCCAUUGUACCCAUAUCUGCAGUACCCUCUGCUAGCACUGAAUCUCCUUAGCAAUGACACACUUCACACACAGACCAGGAAAAGACCAACGGCAUUGACUACAUUUUUGGGAUUUCUAACUCUUUUUUACCUUUUAUUAUAGUAGCUUAGACUGAGUAAACUAUCUAACAUGAAGAAUGAAUUGUGAUGAAAAUUGUACAAGUAAACCUACAUAUUAAAAUAAAAGUGACUGUCAUUCAUGAUUC